GCGAGGAGGUAGUAUUGUCGCAUUCCUCGGCUAUCACAUUCUUCUAUCUAGCGCUAGGGUUUUAGGGCUCUCUAGACUCUCGGACAAGAUUCUUCACGGCGAGUUCUCUCGGUGCCAGAUUCUCUCCGCAGUCCCAAUCAAGCACGGCGUUGAGAAUCUUCCAGUGAUCGAGCACGGCACGCAGAGAAUCGGGGUUUUCUUGUGAUAUUUCGUUGUGAUCUAGUAGGUUCUUGGCAGAAAUCUUCCACUAGGCGCGAGAAAUUUCGCGAAUCGAUCGGAUUCCAGGAUUCGUUUGGCUCGAGGAUGGCGGAUUUCUGGUACUUUAGCAAGCGCAGGAGGAUCAUGAAGCUCAAGAGGCCGUUUGCGCUGCUCCAUGCCGCGAACCAUCAUCAGACGUAUCCAAGCCAUCCGGGAAUGCUGCUAGUGAGGGACUUGAUCGAAUUGGCACACCAGGUUUCGGUUCACGAAAGACCACAGGCGUGCUACCGGCACUGCGUUUCGGGGAUUGUCCGGCGGGUGAAGCUCUUGGGUCCAUUUUUCGAGGAGAUCAGGGAUGCAAAUCCACCGCUGCCUCCGUCAGCAGUUUUGGCUUUUAGGAGUAUGCACGAGUUCCUCGCCAAGUGUAAUCUCCUCGUGGAUUCGUGUAGCCAGAGCAGUAGCAGAACGUGGGCGAUGGUGAGCUCCACAGAGACGAUCCAAAAGUUUGAGGUGGCCAACGAGGAGAUGGCCGCGGCUUUGGAGGUAAUUCCGCUAAGUUUGCUGGAGAUUUCGGACGAGAUAAAGGAGCACGUCCUGCUCUUGAAGUUGCAAAGCGCUAGAGGCUGGUGCAAGGCUUUAGAUCCCGGGCAGGAGCUCCUCAAAGCCGAGCUAUGCGAUCUUAUGGAAAGAGGUGACGGACCAUCAUCAGACGUUUCCCUCGAGAGACUCCAGAAGCUCUUUGCUGGCCUCGGCUUGAAAAAUUGGAGCGACUGUAAGCUGGAACUUACGGGACUGCUGGAAGAAUUGAGAGAGAAGGUCGCGUCCAGAGACAAGGUGGCAUACUCGACAUUGCGAGGUUUGAUACGUCUCGUCCGGUCCACAGCAAGGCUCUUGUAUGGAGCUGGGGAAGAGGCCUUCGAGGAGACUAUGGCCGAGCUUGAUGGUUUCAAGGAGAGAGUCGGAGUUCUUCCAGACGAGUUCCGGUGCCCGAUCUCCUUGGAACUUAUGAGGAACCCGGUGACCAUUGCGACCGGUCAAACAUACGACAAGGAACACAUCCAGAAAUGGAUUGCUGCCGGUCACUUUACGUGCCCCACAAGCGGCCAGAAGCUGAUACACCUCGGCCUCAUUCCAAACUACGCUUUACGAAGCCUCAUCUUCCAUUGGUGUGACGACAACAACGUCAGCCUCGAGUUAUUCGACGCUGGCUUUCCCGACGACGACAUUUCCAACUCGAGAGAGGCUCUCGAGAUCGCAAAGACCACCUCGGCAUUUCUCGUCGGCAAGCUGGCCACAGGCUCGAUCGAUGUCCAGAGACAAGUGGCUUACGAGCUUAGACUACUCGCGAAGAACGGGACGGGGAACAGGAUCUGCAUUGCGGAAGCUGGCGCUAUCCCUUUCCUGGUCCCGCUGCUCGCGUGUAAUGACUCCAAGACCCAAGAGAAUGCUGUCACUGCGCUGCUCAACCUUUCGAUCUACGACAACAACAAGAAGCUGAUCAUGGCCGCGAAUGCUUUGGACCCGAUACUCUCGGUGGUGGAACAGGGACUUAGCAUGGAGGCUCGGCAAAACGCUGCGGCGGCGAUCUUUAGUCUGUCCUCCACGGACGAGCACCGGAUCCGGAUCGGCAGCAGGGCAGUGGCGAUCCCGGCGCUGGUGACGUUGCUGCUGGAAGGAUCGCUCCAGGCGAAGAAGGACGCGACGAGCGCGCUGUUUAAUCUGCUGCUCUAUCCGGGGAACAGGGCCAGGGUGGUGAACGCGGGAGCUAUCGAAGUUUUGGUGGCGAUGCUCUCGAAAGAUGGCGAUGUCCAGGACGAUGCGUUGGCGGUGCUAGCUCUGCUAGGAGAGAGCAACGAAGGAUUGAAAGCUCUCAGCGACGAUCUACUGGCGAUUCCGCUGCUGGUGAAUCUGCUGCGCACUGGGAGCGUCAAAGGGAAGGAGAACUCGCUGUCGGUGCUUCUGGCGCUGUGCAAGCACGGUGGCGACAUGAUCCGGGACUGCCUCAUGGUGGAGCAGCAGACGCAGCAGGAAUCGCGAGACAUGAGCUCCGGAUCGUCCAGUGCGCUGCUUCUGGAGAGCUUGCAGGAGCUGAUCGCGUCUGGAUCGCCUCGCGCGAGGAGGAAGGCAAGGUCUCUCCUCAAGUUCUUGUCCGUACGUUAGUGUGAAAUUUAUAAACUUCCCCUGUUCAGCCUUGGGAAUUCUUCUUUCUGGCUCUUGCUCGGUCUCUAAAUUCCUUGGUUAAUAGAAGAGAGCACAAACAAAAGAACUUACGGAUUGUCUAAAUGGUCCACGAUCCAAGCACGAAUGGCGUCCCCUGGAGCUGUUGGGAGAUGUCCUCUUGUUCCAGACAGCUCCCCGUUGCGAAGAUUGUGCUUUAAUGUGUUUCUCUUACAGCCCAUCCUGUGGUUGUAGGUUUGCUCCAUAGGGCUGUUCUCUGGACUGGAAGCGAUGCGUGUUUUCUUCACGACCUCUAGCUCAGUGUAAGAACUUCACUUCGAAAGAGGCCAAGAAUGAGAGUCCGCUGCCUGGUGAAAACGCCUUGCAUCAACUGGGGGAGAUUCAAACCUGA